AAAGUUCUGUCCCCGAUACUCGGUUUGUGCCACCAUUUGCAUUUCUUCUAGGGAGCAAGGCAAGGACACCGUUUGGAAGUCCUUCCGCUCAUCAGUUUCGAACUCGUGUUGUACGGUGAAACAUCUCUUCAUUCCGAGAGUGCGCUGGUAUUUCGCGAGACGGUGUAAAGUGGAAGAAAAUUGAAACAAGGAAAACAGAGUGGCGAGAAAAUCGAUUUCACGGAUCAAAAAAUUCGAAUAUAAAGCUAUUGUGUAGCUCAAUUGUGUGUAGUGACUAGAAAUUUGGUGAUUGUUUGAACAAACGGAUACGCUGGAGUUCCCUCAGUGGAAGAACGUCAAAAUGCAUUUCCGGUGGCCAGCAGCGUUGCUAGUGCUAGCAGUGGCGUGGAGUACGACGUCCCAUGUUCAGGCAGCAUCACCCCGAUGGGAACCGCAAAUUUCGGUCCUCUGCGAAGCCGGCCAGACAUAUCACCCGCAGUACCUCUCGGAAGAGGGCAGAUGGGCGACGGACCUGAGCAUCAAAGUCUCCGGCUCGACAUGCCUGAGGGACAAGAUGGAGCUGCUGGAUUACUGUAAAAAGGUGUAUCCAGGUCGCGAUAUCACGAAUAUCGUCGAGUCGUCGCACUAUCAGAAAAUCGGUGGCUGGUGCCGGCAGGGGGCGCUAAACUCCGCCAAAUGUAAAGGCGCCCAGCGGUGGAUCAAGCCGUUCAGAUGUUUGGAAGGUCCGUUCCAAUCGGACGCGCUUCUAGUGCCGGAAGGAUGCCUGUUCGAUCACAUCCACAACGCGUCCCGCUGCUGGCCCUUCAUCAGGUGGAACCAAACUGGGGCGGCCGCCUGCCAGGACCGGAACAUGCAAAUGAGGAGCUUCGCCAUGCUGCUGCCCUGCGGCAUCUCGCUGUUCUCCGGCGUCGAGUUCGUCUGCUGCCCGAAGCAUUUCAAAGCAGUUCCGAUGAAAGUGAAGAAAACCGACCUUCCGGUGCUGCCGGCAGAUCCCGAGGUGCUUCCGUCGCUGGAUGACACCGAAGCUGACAACUCGGAAGACGACGAUGACGAGGACGAUAUCGAUGAUGACGAUGAUGAGGACAUGAUGGGUGAUGAGCCAAUCGAGAGUGACGAUGAUGAGUACGAUUCGGAGGAAGACUUUGACAGUGAUAAGGAACCCGACACUGGAUCCGCGGUUUGGGACAGCUUCAGCACGCCCCAGUCGCUGAUGGGCAAGGACCGAAAGGAUUCCUCCUACACGACCUCCUCCUCGUACUCGACCGAAAAGAUGACCGACAUUCCGACGACCCCGGUCACGGCCAUCCCGACUCCCGAUCCGUACUUCACCCACUUCGAUCCACGCUACGAGCACCAAAACUUCAAGAAUUUGCACGCUGAAUUUCAGGAAGCACAACAGAGGCUGGAGGAGAGCCACCGCGAAAAGGUUACUCGCGUGAUGAAGGACUGGUCCGAUCUCGAAGAAAAGUACCAGGAUAUGCGUCUGGCCGAUCCUAAAUCUGCUCAAACUUUCAAACAGCGAAUGACCGCUCGCUUCCAGACUUCUGUGCAGGCACUUGAGGAAGAGGGCAACUCCGAGAAGCACCAGCUGGCGGCGAUGCAUCAGCAGCGAGUUCUGGCGCACAUCAACCAACGGAAGCGGGAGGCGAUGACCUGCUACACCCAGGCCCUCACCGAGCAGCCACCGAAUUCACACCGCGUCGAGAAGUGUCUGCAAAAACUGCUCCGAGCUCUGCACAAGGACCGUGCUCACGCUCUCUCCCACUAUCGUCACCUGCUGGGCUCCGGCGGAACCGGUGGACUGGAAGCUGCUGCCUCAGAACGGCCACGAACCCUGGAACGUUUGGUAGACAUCGAUCGAGCUGUCAACCAGUCGAUGGCCAUGCUCAAGCGCUACCCAGAACUGUCGGCCAAACUGUCCCAGCUCAUGGAUGACUACAUUCAGGCGCUCCGCUCCAAGGACGAAACACCCGGUUCGAUGCUGGCCAUGACCGAAGAAGCCGAAGCCACCAUUCUGGACAAGUACCGCAUGGAAAUUGAACGCAAAGUAAGCGAGAAGGAACGCCAACGAUUGGCCGAGAAGCAACGCAAAGAACAACGGGCACAAGAGCGGGAGAAGAUUCGUGAGGAAAAACUGCGCCUCGAAGCUAAGAAAAUGGAAGCUGCCUACAAGCAACAACAGCAACAACUCCAGAAGCAACAGGAACAGCAACAGCAGCAACAAGCUCAGCAACAGCAACAGCAGCAGCAACAACAACAGACUCAGCCACAGCAAGUUCAAACUCAGCUGCCAAUUUCGGAACAGCCACAGACUCAGAAACAAAUCGAACUCGAAACUCAAAAGGACACGGAAGCCACUCGUGACUACACAGAAGAAGUGACCAUUGCAAAUAGCCCACAGUCAACGGCUCUGCCAACGGUAGAUGAUGAAGCCGUGCAACGUGCCGUUGAAGAGGUGGCAGCAGCAGUUGCGCACCAGGAAGCGGAACCCAAAAUGCAACAUGUGCUCGCUCACGACAUCGGGCACGGCGAACCGAGCUACUCGGUCCGGCGGGAGAUCUACGGUUCCAGCGGCCACGACGGCAAGAACGUCUACUUCACGCUGGCCUUCGCCGGCAUUGCCCUGAUGGCCGCGGUCUUCGUGGGCGUCGCCGUUGCCAAGUGGAAGGCCUCCCGAUCACCCCAUGCUCAAGGAUUCGUCGAGGUUGAUCAGGCCGUUGGACAGCCAAUCACACCGGAGGAGCGGCACGUGGCCAACAUGCAAAUCAAUGGCUACGAGAACCCAACCUACAAGUACUUCGAGGUGAAGGAAUAAUUUCCGAAACGAGGGGACGCUCUUUGUUAAAGUUAAGCUAACACUAUCAGAGCCCCGAGCGGGGGGCCAAACUGCGGUUGAUGAAAUCGUUUCAACACAAGAAUAUAUGGUAUCUGUUUGGAAGAAGCUGAAUUUCGUUAUUCUGUUUGAUCUCUCUCUACGUAAAUAGAAGAAACAAGAAGCUGCGAUAUGGGAAUGGAGCAACCAGGAGUUUGUGUUUUUCGUUCUGUAGUGACACGGUGUAACAGUCUUGGGUAAGGCCAGGGCAGCGUUUUCCGUUCGGCGAUUUGGUCUUUUGUAAGGAGGGAAAGAACUAACUACCGUUAAAUAGUGUGAUUGUAAUUGUAAAAUUGCCCGCAAGAUAUAAGUUUAUGAUUAAGUACACGAUAAGACAGGACAAGUUGAGAUAUUCGGAAUAAAUCAAAUUUUCACCGGAGUACACCGCCGUUUGAAGCAAAAAGAGAUAUCUACCAAAACAUUUUCCAACCAAUCAGAAGCAAAUAAAGAAAAAAGAAGAAACAACACUCACACUGUUCGCUAUAAAAGAAAAUAUCAUAGUGGUGCCAGGCUACGUUUUGUUUUGUUUCAGGCACAUACCCCUACACACAUUGUAGAAGCGUUUUGCAAGAAAUUAACAGAAAAAUCAAGAGGUGCAGAUUGAACAGGGAGAGUCCUUGGAAAUAAUAGUCGCUCUGCAGGACGUAUCCUGAACUUCAUCCUCGAUUCAUAGUUAGAUAGCUAAGUAGCUAAUUAGUUAUUAUUGUAAAGAAGAAACAUGACGAAAUAAUAAAAUGAAGAAAAAAAGAACAAAAACAAUAAUUGUAAGUAUCAUAGCUUUUUUGAUCAGUGAACCGGAAAUGGUAAUAGAAAAAAACUAUCUAAAAUAUAUAUUUUUUGUAACAAGCCUGCUAUACGCUUUGAAAUUUCAUAUUUAUAUAAUCUUAACAAUAAUGAAAGGUAAACUAUAUAUAUUUACAACAACAAUAAAACACUCACUAUUACAUGCUUCAGAAACAAAAAAGGAAAAAUACAAUAAUUUGGAAGCUUUUUGAUUACCAAUCAUUUGUUCACCGUUAAAGUUCACACCACUAAAACAUGCAACAGAGUAGAAUUCAGCAGCCGAAACACAGACACACUCAUUACACAUAAUAGAUGUCGUCCUCGUUGUGUAGACACAAAGUAUGUGUAAUAAAGAAAAACCAAGCAAAAAACCAUUCAAGCAUCGUAGCCCACAAAAUGUGUGUACCAAUUAAAGAGCUUCUUCCGAAAAACAAACAAAACAAAAUCAUUUAACUUGUAGCGAGCAGUAGACACAGAAACUUGUAGAAACAACAGAACUUAUCAUGCAAAUAUACACACACACAUGCAGCCUAUAUAGGAAGCCAAUAUUCGAGCAGAAGCAGAAUCCCAAGCAGAAAGCACCAUCGCAAACAUACCUAUACUACCAGGAAGAGAAAAAACACUAGGCAAGGAACAAGGAUUGACCGUGUGCAGCAUCCUGAUAAUUGAAAUUCGUCCAUUUUUGUAGACUUUUGCGAGCGCGUAAUUAAGUGUAAGAAGAAAAAAAACACUAUCAAUGGAUAGUGUUCAACCAAUCACAACCAAAAAACAACCAGCAUCAAAGGAUUAAUAAUAAAAAAAACUGAUCACCAAAAACAACCAAUCGAGUCAGGACAACCAAAGUUGGAUAGAUGAGGUUAAAAAAUUUAAAAAAAAACAUCACUCUGCACCUUGUUUUGCAGUGCACUAUUAUCCUGCUAUCUACAUCCUAGAGCGACGAAGCUUAUCUAGUGCUUUGGCAAGCAAGCUGUAAAGUUGAAUAAAUAAUCUCGAAGGGUUAGUGUGUUGAGAACAGAAGCUUGUUACGAAGUGACGCAGCCUUUUUUCUGUUUACUUCUGAAAAAAUAAAUCAUUGGCGUUUCAAUGAGUAUGAUCGUUCUUUCAAUUAGUUUAUAUCAAUACCAAACAGACAGCAGAGAGUUUUAAGUUUUAAAAAAGCGUAUUAGCUUCCAGGACACUUAAAAUUCUUACAACUACUUAUUGGUGGAAUCAUUCUUUCGAGUCAUUAUUUAAGAAUAUUUAAAUCGUUUUGUUACAGCAUCAUUUUGAAUUAUUUUGUUAAUUAAAGUGCCAGCUACAACGAAAGGCUCUGAAAAAUUAUUUAUAUUUAAAGCGAACAUUCGUACUCUUAACGCCGAUUGAUAAAAAAUAGCACUCGAAGGCACCAUUAGAUUUUCCUUCCCAACAGCGUAAAAACAGUGUGUGUAUUAUAUUCGAAAAUCUCCUCUAAGCUUAACUUUCAAAAUGCCAUGCUUGUGUUUCAGUUGCGCAUCUACUAUUGAACAAAAACAACAACAAAAAUUGUACUCAAUAUUACUCAAUCCCAAACCAUCAACCCAACAAUUCGAUAAGCUCGUGAAGCAUUGAUGACAAAGAUGAGACAACAAAACAUCACCGAAAGAUAGAAAAUCACAUCACUUUACUUGCUGAUUGGAUCAAAAGACGUUAUGCAAAAAAAAAAUCUAUGUAAAAAUGAAUUUGAUAUUAUGAUCUAGACACACACACUUAAAAUUAACAAUAACAACAAGUAUUUAAUGCCCCCUGAAUAAAAAAAAACAAAAUGAAUUAGAUUAUAUAUCAUGUAAAAGUAUGUAAUGAGAAUAUUUAUACAACACGUAUAAAUGUGUAAUGAUGUAAACAAUUUGCAAAACUAGUUUUAUUAGGAAACUAUCAAAAGCAACACUGUAAUGUAACACCUAAUUUAACACGACACGUCAACACUAUUCUUUGAAGAUUAAUGACGUUUCCGUUAUUGGAUAAGUUGUAUAAGUAAUUCUAUUUGAAGUCAAGUAAAACAUCUAUUCUCAACUAUAAUGUUGAUUAAAACAAAACAAAUCAAUAAAUAAGCGUGCAGGUUGGUUAAGCUUAAUAAUAAAUAGAGUCGAACGAUGGCGAAGAAGAAAACCAAAACAAGCUCUCUAUCUAAAAAAAAAUACAACAAACACAAGUUUAUCACAAAACAAAUGCGCUUAGUUUAACACGAUUGCUAUCCACUAUUACUCUCAAGUAACAAGUAAACAACUAAUAUCUGCAAAGUACAUGCUAAAUCAAAAAUGUAACCGCUCGUUUUUUCAUCAGUUCGUUUUCCAACCAAAACAAACAAAAAUAUUACUCACACUAUUAUAUAAAACAAACUUUUUUAAAAACUGGCAACCCAAACAGCAAAAAAUAAAUAAAAAAUAAUAAAUAAUAGAAAAUUUAAAAAAAAACACAGUUCUACUCAGUUGUCAUGGGGAUGGUAAAAGAUAAACAAGCGCACACAACUUAAAAAAAAAGCGGCAAACACCAACAAACAGCCGUUUUUCUAGCGUUUGUAUAACAACACAAACAAACGGCGAGCCAUUGAGCAUGUAACUUUACAACGGAAAGUGAAACGGAUUACUUUGUUUAGAAAUUCAUUGUUACUCGUGUACAUGUAAUAACUACUCAGUAACUGUUUCAUCCCCCUGUUUCAUUGAACUCGAUCGUUAUUUCUCAAGGAAAAAUCACAUCUAUGAAAUCUCAUCGCAGCCACUUUCAGCAUACCGUGACACCUUUGGUCCCCUUUUUUCACCAGAACAAUGUCUUUCUAUUAGUUCAGAAAAAGAUAAAACUUUUGUAAAUUUUUCCUUUUUGAAAAUAUAAACUGAACGUUUUCAGAAAAUCAAUAACAAACAGCUUCGUUGGGAAUUUAAUAAAAAAAAACCAAAGUUGAAAUGACAUUCGAUUCCUGAAACAAACGCUAGACUAACCCGUAAAAAAAUCACACCAUUUAGGCAGAUGCAUUGAAACAUCCAAAGUUAAACCAAAAAAAACAAACAAAAAUCGUAGACGCGACAAAUGGAUAUAAGAAAAAAAAAAAACCGAAACCCAUCAGAAACUGCAACUGUAACCUUUCUAUUUGAAUGAAGUAAAAAAAAACAACAACAACAAAUUCAGCAAAACAAUAACAACAGCGACUGCAGCAGCAAAGAAGCAAGCAAGCAAACGAGCAAA